AUGUGGAAGAAAGAAAGAAAGAGAAGCCAUCAUCAGCCUAAGAUCAAAGCAGCUGAAGGCGUUUCUGGUACAGGACAAUAUGUGGAGCUGAAUUCAGGUCAGGAUCCUUCAGCACCCAAAUCCAUUCAAGUCACAGAACUCUGGAGUAACGUAGUAUUUGAAGAAAUCAGCCAUCGGGUAAAAGAGGUGGGCAGCCAACUGGUCAAGAAGGUCAAUGCUAUAUUUCAGUUGGAUAUUACUGAAGAUGGAAAGAUCAUUGUCCAGUGGACUGUCGACUUGAAGAAUGGAUCUGGAGAAGUAUACUCAGGAUCAGCAAGGAGCCCACCUGAUACCGUGUUUACUAUUCCAGACCAUAUUUUUAUGGAACUGGUGCUGGGGAAAACCAAUCCUCAAAGGGCUUUCUUUGCUGGCAAGCUGAAAGUGAGUGGCAAGGUGAUGCUGGGACAGAAGCUGGAAAAGAUUUUCAAAGACUGUGCUAAAUUCUAA